UUAGCUCUGCAGCUGGCUACAGUUCAAGUUUAAGCAUUAUGUUUGCCACACCAUUGAGACAGCCACAAGGCUAUGCAGCUAAGCAGCAGCAUGAGAAAGUGAAUAUGGAGCAGCCUUUUCAAUAUGAAAUAACCGAUCAUGGCUAUGGCAAGGAUGCAGUUAAGAUACUGCAUGUAAAUCGUGAAGGACCUGUGCAUACCAUACACGAAUUCGAGGUGGGCACGCAUUUGAAGCUGUACAGCAAAAAGGAUUACUAUCAAGGCAACAAUUCGGAUAUUGUGGCAACAGAUUCGCAGAAGAACACAGUCUAUCUGCUGGCCAAGAAGCACGGCAUUCAGAAUCCGGAAACAUUUGCGCUGCUGCUGGCCAAACAUUUCAUCAACAAGUAUGCGCAUGUGGAGGAGGCGCAUGUGCAUGUCGAGGCGUAUCCUUGGCAGCGCAUUUGCCAGGAUGAAAUUCAAGGCACGCAGCAAGCGCAGCAAGUCAAGCCCACGCCCGGUGGUUGCAACUUUAGCGCACAUGGCAAUCGCAGGCUGCACAAUCACGCGUUCAUCUUUACGCCUGUGGCACAGCAUUACUGCGAUGUAGUUAUGCGUCGUCAUGAUCCCAAGCAGAAAGUCAUCAGCGGCAUCAAAGGCUUGCGCGUGCUGAAGACCACACAAUCCUCGUUUGUUAACUUUGUCAAGGAUGAGUUUCGUUCGCUGCCCGAUCAGUACGAUCGUCUGUUCAGCACAGUUGUGGACUGCUCCUGGGAGUACUCCGAUACAGAAACUGUCAACUUUGGCAAUGCCUGGCAGCUUAUCAAGAACAUUAUACUAAAGAACUUUGCUGGCGAUCCAAAUGUGGGAGUCUCCUCGCCCUCAGUGCAGCAUACGCUUUAUCUUAGCGAAAAGCAGGUGCUGGAUGUGCUGCCACAAGUCUCUGUCAUCUCAAUGACCAUGCCCAACAAGCAUUACUUCACCUUCGACACAAAGCCGUUCCAGCAAGUUGUGCCCGGCGACAAUAAUGAAGUCUUCAUACCCGUCGACAAGCCACAUGGCACCAUCUAUGCCCAGCUAGCGCGCAAGCAGCUCAAGAGUCAUCUAUAAAAUUAAAGCUGUUAACUAUAUAGUUUAAAAAUUCUUAACAAUAAACAAGCUAACUACUCAUACUCAUUUUCUUGUUAUGCUUAGCAAACA